UUUGCAGAAGGAGGAGUAAUCAGAGAGUGAAUCUGGUGUAACAUCAGAAAGCAAACCACUUCAGCGAUAAACUCCUCACAGCAGAAUAAUGCGGACAGGUGAAGGUCUCACCAGCAUAGACUUAACCACUGCAGUUAUAUACUGCUUGAUAUUUGGGCUUGGAAUAAUUGGCAACGGACUCGUCAUCUACGUAACAGGCUUCAGGAUGAAGAAAACUGUUAACUCAGUUUGGUUUCUCAACUUGGCCCUGGCAGACUUCCUCUUUACUGCCUUCCUCAUCUUCCAGAUUAUUUCAGUCUUUCAGGGAUUCUGGCCUUUCGGACAAUUGAUGUGCAAACUUUCCAGCUUCGUGACGGCGAUCAACAUGUUUGCCAGCAUCUUUCUGCUGGUGGGCAUAAGCUUUGAUCGCUGCCUUUCCAUCUGGGUGGUUGUGUGGGCACAAAACCACCGCACCAUAUGUAAAACUCAGCUAAUUUGUGCUGCCAUCUGGUUAAUUUCAGUGGGCUGUAGCGUACCCAACACCAUUUUCCGCGAGGUGUUGCCAUAUAAGGGGAAGACGGUAUGUGCUUAUUCCCCACAAUGGGGAAGAGACAAACCAAAAAUUCUGAUCAUUGUUCGCUUCAUUCUAGGCUUCCUCAUUCCAUUCCUGAUCAUAUUUGCCGCCUAUAUAGCUAUAGGUGUGCGUGCACAGCGCAUCCAGCGAAUGAAGAAGCGGAGACCUUUCCGGAUCAUCUUUAUCAUUCUCGCCUUCUUCGUUUGCUGGCUGCCCUUUCAUGUUUUUCAGUUACUGGAAAUAACACGCGGUUCGAACAUGACCAUUAAAAUUGGAGGCCGACUAGCGGUAAGCCUGGCCUUCUUCAACAGCAGCCUGAACCCAUUGCUCUACGUCUUUAUGUGUGACGAAUUCCAGAAGAAGAUCAAGCAGUCCUUAUACCUUGUGCUCGAACACGCCUUCGCAGAGGACCUUGUAUCGUUUGGCUCAUCUCGCUACUUCUCACGGGGGACCCAGCGGUCAGACUCAGUUGCACCUGUGGAAAGAAAGGACAGAAAGACGUCCUCAGAAUCCACAGGCUUCACAGCGGAGGGAAGUGACGAUAAAGAGACACGAGGCGAUGACUUAUAGAGCUAAAUGUCCAGCAGUUGAUAUUAAUGUGGGCAAAACCACAUUGUGAAAUAGUUUUUGAGAAAAACAGAACAGCAGCUGAACACAGCGCCUCAAUGUGACAGUACAUGUGUGCACAGCGUAAUGAGCAGCCCUGCAUGUGAAUAUAUGAUGAGAUGCAAAUGAGAUAACUUUGUUCAUAAUUAAUUUCAAACUGUGCCUUUAAAUUGUAGCUAAAUAUUGACAUGGUUUUUAGUUUUAAGUGUCAAGCUUAAUUGUUGUUUCUAUUACUCACAUUUAACUGUUUAUGAAGCC